AUGGAAAGCAACGAAGAGAAAGCUAAGUCAAAAUGCAGCGGCAAUUUAAUCAUUACCGAUUACCUCCUCGCGGAAUAUGACCAGCCAAAAUUCUCACCCUAUUUGACGAAAAUAAUCACCCUCUACUGUCGCGAGAAAAAGUACCGCUAUGCAGUCCCGCAACACUUCGUCGAACAAGCUCCAGUCCUUGCCGCCUCCUUAAACCAGCCGCAUGUAAUUCCAUCACUCUGGCUCGACAAGGCCGAAGAAGACAUAGGCCACACUAUCGUCAACUGGCUGUAUACCGGUUUAUACGAAACGCUUCACGAUCCAACCACGCAGGGCACAGCAAAGAGGCAGAAGGAAUACAGAAGAAGUGCUGAGGUGUAUUGUGUUUCAGUCUUCUAUGGAAUGAGUGGCCUGGCGAUCCAGGCAAUGCAGUAUGUGAGGACGUUCGACGACGCCGUUGAUAUUCAUAUGAUCCUAGGGAUCGCCAAGGAGAUCUUCGCCAAGUACCCGGGACGCACCGACUCAUUUGUGGGAUAUAUCAAUCACUUGAGGGAGAAGCUGAGCAGUGUCGUUCAAGCGGAUGGAGGAUUCUUCAAGCAGGAGGACUUCGUCAAAGGUUUUGGACAGGUGCCGGAGUUUGACAAGUUCAUGGUGCAGCAGAUGGUCGGUUUUUACUCGGAUGUCAUAAAAAACCUCAAGGGGGAGAAUACUGAGGGGAAGGUUGUUAAGAGCCAGGACCGUCGAGCUAGCACAACUAAGACUAGAGUUGAUCCGGGCUUGUGGCGCGGUACCGGAACUCGCUCUUCUACCCUUCAACCUGCGUCUGAACUCAAGUCCCCGAAACACUUCACACCCUAG